CGGAUCCAAUUCACGAAUCAGUUAAUCACAGAAUCACCCCGAGUGACGCCGAGAAAUUCCGAGGUAAAACGAGUCUAUGAUGGAAGUGAAGGUCGACGAGAAUGACCUGAAAGCUGCUGGCGCCGAGCUCCUAGCCGGGGACGGUCGACGUGGUAUUCGCAUCCACGGUUGGGAGAUUGAGACUUGUAAACGCUCUAUACUCAAGUCCUCCACUGCUCAAGAAUGGGAACAGAAACUUCAGACAUCUCACUUACCAGAAAUGGUUUUUGGGGAAAAUUCUUUGAUUCUAAAACACAUGAAGAGUGGCACUAAACUUUAUUUUAAUGCAUUCGAUGCUCUGUAUGGUUGGAAACAGGAAGCUUUGCCCCCAGUGGAAGUGCCAGCAGCCGCAAAGUGGAAGUUUAGAAGCAAACCUUCUCAGCAAGUAAUACUAGAUUAUGACUAUACGUUUACAACGCCUUAUUUUGGAAGUGGAACUAUUGAGAUCGAUAAAGAUAAGGAUGCAAGUGCUACUGAGGAACAAUGCAAUCUCAAAUGGGAAGACUGCGAGGAGAAAAUUGAUAUUGUUGCAUUGGCAUCCAAAGAACCUAUACUAUUUUAUGAUGAGGUGAUCUUAUAUGAGGAUGAGCUAGCUGAUAACGGAGCAUCUCUUCUUACUGUAAAAGUGAGAGUCAUGCCUAGUUCUUGGUUUCUUCUCUUGCGAUUCUGGCUUAGAGUUGAUGGAGUGUUGAUUAGACUGAGAGACACUCGUAUGCAUUGUAUUUUUGGUGGCGCUGAAAAUCCUGUUAUUCUUCGAGAAACUUGCUGGAGAGAGUCUACGUUUGAAGCAUUGUCUGUGAAAGGACAAACUAUUGAUUCUGCUGCCUACAGUGAUCCUAGCAUAAUCUGCCUAAAGCUCCCCGUCAUCAUGCAUAAGACCCAAAAGCUAACUGUUUCCGCUUAACCUUUUACCUCCCAGGAGAAAAAUGACAGGGAGGGGGGGAUCAUUUCCGGCUCUAAAUUUUUGUGAGGAACAGGUUUCUGUUUUACAAAGUCUCUUGAAUCCAUCAAGAUGUGAGUGCCAGAUGCGGGUGAUGAUAUGGCGUGGACUCUUGGCCAUGGGCAUACCAGCAGGCACGUCUAAGGAAAUAGUAGAUAGCCUGCUAAUCUUUGAAGCUUUUCCGAUACUUGUAAUUUUAAAGUUACUGUGAGGUCUUCAUGUUUACAAGUGUUUUUAUUUGGAGCAAGGUACUGGAACUGAAAAUGAUGGCAAUAAGUAAACAUUAAUUGUUUUGUACCGUUCAAAGCGGAAAAUUAUAGAGAGUACAGGUUGGAGCGAGCGGGUCUAAACUCCUUGUUAUCUGUUCAGCAUGAUUUUUCAAGAGCCCAUUUUGUUUGAAACUGAAAAGCUUCAUGUGUAAUUGUUUGUAAAUUUACGUCAUCUUAUAAAAUGUAUCAUUAUCUAUA